GAGAGUUAGAACAUUUUGCUCCAGCGGCCAGGAGGUUCCUUAGCUGGGAUCUGGGAAGAUCGGGUGGUGUGGAGUCCGAGGUCGAACAUGGUCGCGGUGGGGGCUGAGACCGGAGUCACUUCUCACAGGCAUACCCUCCUCGCCCCUGGCCGGGCCCUGCCCCACCCUCCUCCUCCGAUUGAGAUGGGCUCAGCCAAGAGCGUUCUAGUCACUCCGGCGCGGCCUCCGCCGCACAACAAGCUUCUGGCUCGAGUGGCGGACCCGCGUUCACCUAAGCUCACAACCCCGCUGGUGAAAGAGCUGAGUGAAGAAUUUGAGACGGAUAAAUUUCCCUCUUCUCAAUUCCUCACCCACCAGGGCAUGAAUCCUAAGGCUUCUGUAUUUUUUUCCUCUUUGCUGAACAAUUUGUAUCAGGGAGUCACUAUCUCACUUCACGUCUCUCCUCUAGAGCUCACAACCCCGCUGGUGAAAGAGCUGAGUGAAGAAUUUGAGACGGAAGCCCCCAAAUCAAAUCUGCCCCCAGAGCCUGUUCUGCCCCUAGAGGUACCUUCAUCUUCCGACUUGGACUUGCCUCUGGGCACCCAGUGUUCCCUGGAGGACCAGAUGCCUCAUGGGAGCCAGACUGAGCUCCCCUCCACGCAGGUGUUUUCCGAGGAAGAAACAGGACAGCCCUCAGAAACCCUUAGGACCAGCCAGGGCUCAGACAAGCCCAUGAGAGACCCUGAGACGCCUAGACCUGCAGGUUCUAAGCGAAAUAGACGGAAACCAAGGGGCAAGGCACUAGGGAGGUCUCCCCUCACCAUCCUGCAGGAUGACAACUCCCCUGGGACUCGGACACUACGACAGGGUAAGCGGCCUUCUCCCCUGAGUGAAAAUGUUAGGGAACUAAAGGAAGGGGCCAUUCUGGGAACUGGACGACUUCUGAGAGCCGGAGGCCAAGCGUGGGAGCAAGGUCAGGACCAUGACAAGGAAAACCAGCACUUUGCCUUGGCAGAGAACUAGGCCCUGGGUGGCCCCCGACCCCCAACCUGGGUUCACCAGGUCUAGUGACAUUCCGAGUCCUCCGCCCCUUCUUUCCCUGGGAGACUGGAAAGACGCAUUUUCUUCGACUCCCCCUAAACUACCAGCUCAGGAACUGAUAGCUUUCUUGGGCUUUCUGUGUGUAUUAUGUGUUUCUUGUAUAUUAAAGGAAGUGAUUUUAA